GGCUAAAAAAGAAUGUUCGAGUUCUGCUCGAGCCUAAAUUAAUAUUUACUUCUUUAUACGAAAAACCCAAAAAAUAGUGCUGAAUUAGUGGCAUAAUUAUUUAGGGUGGUUAAUUUCACCACUUUUCUUACCACCUUUGAACCCAAUUGCAAUGCAAACGGAUAAGACGAACUUUUCGUAAAAUGGUAUACAUAGCAAGAGAUGGAACUGUUCACCAGUCUCCUCCGUGGACUGUCCAACGCUUCCUAGGGAUGAUAACUGGAUUUUUCAGUUUCAUAGUUAUGUUCUUCCGAACGUUGCUAGAUCUGAAUCCAAACAGCCCUUCGAAUUCGAGCGAAACUUCGGGUAGUCGCCGAGGAGGUGGUGGUGGUGGUGGAGGUCCACCAGGUGGGCCCAGACAACGGCCGAUUGGGCGAACAAUGACACUGCGAGAUUGCACCAUUCCCGGUGGUGGAUGAGCGCGGUAAAGCGUCCGGCUCAAAACGUCACCGUUUUCGACGGAUGCUAGCAAUUUAACAACCAUCCUCGGAAAUCUGAAAGCUCCGUCGCUUUUGUAUGACGAAUAUUCCCUAAACCUACGCUACCACACAGGCGGGUCUGUUCUGAAGAGGAUUUCUGGAAAUGGUUAUCUUAUUCUAAUGGAGAGAAAAAUGUCGGCAUCUACGAUAAUGUAGAUGCAGGGAUUUUUAUUUUCGUUUAUUUUUUUCUGGUGCGUGUAUGAUUGUUGUAAUAAAAAGUAAUGGAAUCUAAUCA